UUUCAGUGCUGUGCACCCGGAUGCGCUCAAAUUCCGCAUCUGCUUUAACUUCAUCAGCGGCGAAGCUACUCCUCACUUCGACGAGCUACUUAUCAGCCUACUGCGGUCUAUCAUCUCAGAGGAAUUCAUAGAAAAACAUCCUUAUGAAUGGGACGAGUUGCGCAACGUUUUACCGUUGAAACUUGAAGAACGACUUGUGGAAGAGGAUGAUCCUAAUGUACUGGAUUCCGCACUUGAAGCGGCUCGCGUCCUUUACUCACUUCGAGAAGUUCCUUUUGUUCUUCCAGAAAAAAUGAACUUAGUUUUCACGGCAGCAGUUCACAGCAAAGAGAUGAAUUUAUCGAGAAACUUCCCGCUUCUCUUCUAUUAUGCCAAGACACAUCCAUUUUCUCCAAAAUUACGUGAGUAG